UCUACUAAAAAUACAAAAAAAUUAGCCGGGCGUGGCGGCCGGCGCCUGUAAUCCCAGCUACUCAGGAGGCUGAGGCAGGAGGAUGGCGUGAACCCAGGAGGCGGAGCUUGCAGUGAGCCGAGAUCACGCCACUGCACUAUAGCCUGGGUGACAGAGCAAGACUCUGUCUCCAAAAAAAAAAAAAGUCAGCAUCAGAAAACCAGAAACUGCGCGCGGACCUCAGUGUGGCAGGCACUCCCGGGGUGCAGAUGGGGUGAAGGCAGCCUUCUCUGUGGUCACAUGCAUGUAACGGCACCUUCUCUCUCAAGGCCUCCUCCCUCCCUGCGUGGUUUGGGGGCUGUUCCUGAUAGCACAGAUGCCCUGGUCACAAACACCUGCCUGCGUUGCUGACCACAGGCCUGGCCUGGAGAAACCCACACCCUCUUCAGGGAAGCGAGCAAGGGGCUUGGCAAUGCCUGAAGCCAGUGGGCUGGGGACUCACGGCCGGGACACUCAGGGCAGUUUUCUCACUGCUUGGAGGAAGAUGAGAAUUCUCAGAGGUCCUUAUGCUGCCCUUUUUGCUGCAGUCUUGACAUCUUAACGUGGAUAGAAAAAGGUACUAUGGCAAGUGCCACUGAAAAUGGAUAGGCUCAUAUUCGAGGGAGGUGGACUGUUGCACAGAGGAGAAAAAACAGUAUUUAGAACCAGAUAGUAGCAGCAGAUUCUCCUCCCAGAUCUGUGGCUCGCCAGCAGUGACCUGGCCUCCUUUGCAAGGUGGGACUGGAAGAGCCACUGUGAAACCUGAUAAGAGUGAGUGCUGUGUUUGCUGGCCCUCCCGUGAGCCUGGCAUGGUGGCUGCAGUCGUGCUUCCAGAGGUGAAACAGCCGGGCAAGGUCCCCACUCAGCGUCAGCUAAAUAAGUCAGAGAAGAGCAGGGGGAUGAGCACUGUGUGGGCUGCAGCUCAGCUCACUGGCACGAUUCACAUCCUCCUUCUGGGUGUCCUCCUGGACUGCAGAGGCUGCAAAGCUGAAUCCAAGACCCUGGAUUCCCUGACCUGAUUCAGGCUCUGCCAAUCAAUCGGAAGUGCUCAGAGAAACCUGAAUGCAGAAUGGAGACAUGUGGGCAAGAGGGACACAGGAGCACGUGGCCAUCUGCUGCUGGGGUGGCGGGUUCCUGCGCAGGGGGGACCAGCUGCCACUCUGCAGCCCCGUCCUGCUGUGCAGUGUGGGAGGUCACCCUUGGACACUCAGUCCACAGUCUCUCUUCAGCCCUCCUCACAAUUCUAUAAGCCACUUAGCCCCCAUAGUAAAUCCCUGUCUGCUCACACUGGUUAUGGUAGGCUUAGUUCUCUGUAGGAGCUCUGAUUGAAAAAAACCCUGGCAUGACAGAGUAUGACCAGGCACUCCUCUGGGGGUGGGGGGUGGGGCCUGCAGCUGUUCUCCCUGAGGCCUGUAUGGCAGGAAGAAGGCAGCACGGGAAGAAUCCUUUAGGUAGGGAGAGCUGCACGUGCAAAGGCCCUGAGGUGCGAGCAGCCAGGGGUGUCUUGGCCAGAGAGGAAGUCAGCGGGUGCUGAAGAGGAGGGACAGAGGAGAGUGGGGCGGGAAGAGCCACUGGACCAUGUGGCCCCAUCCCUGCGAGUCUGAAGAUGAGGGAGGGGGAGGGGGCCAGGAGACCCACUGGACCAUGUGGCCCCAUCCCUGCGAGUCUGAAGUCUCAAAGGCUAAAGUAGCCUUUAGAAAGCAGGUAUGUGCAGAGCCCAUGGUGCCUGGCCGGAGCGAAGCCCUCGGUGUGUGCAGAGCCCGUGGUGCCUGGCCGGAGGGAGGCCCUCGGUGUGUGCAGAGCCCGUGGUGCCUGGCCGGAGGGAGGCCCUCGGUGUGUGCAGAGCCCGUGGUGCCUGGCCGGAGGGAGGCCCUCGGUGUGUGCAGAGCCCGUGGUGCCUGGCCGGAGCGAGGCCCUUGGUACAUGUCCGUGAGUGGACAAGCAAGUGUGAUGUGUCUGGGUGGGCCGGCAAACACAGGGCUUUUCAGGUGGGUUUUCAAAUGCGCAGCAGGGUCCCUUGGGGGAGCCAGAAACUGAUCCUGGAGUCUGGGUGCUCUGGAGGAGACGGCCGCUCCCGUGGGUGGGUACUCCGCGUCUGAGUCAGCUGGUGUGGUGUCAGCAGAUGUGGCCAGGAGCUCCAUGCUGCUGGGCCAGGCCUGGGUGCCUGUGCCGCGCCCCAGGGAGGGGCUGUGGGCAAGCCCUGAAAGAGCCGUUGACAUGCCAGACCCUGAGGGCCCCCGUGCCAGAACCCAUGCAGAAAGGUAAAGAAGGCCUCUCCCUUCUCAGCUGGGACCCCUGCCCCCUGAAGGGAUCUUGGGUUCUGGGGCCCGGGGCAGGGCCACAGCCUGAGGCGAAACAGAGCAGGGUGGCAGUUAGGGGAGGCUCGCCAGGCAUUCUUGUAUGCCGUCUGCUCCACUUGGCUCACAAACAAACCCAUGGAAACCCCACACCCGCCUGCUCAGAUCCAAUUUAAGCAGCACAGACUCCACCCCCUAUGCCUGACUGGGAAAGGAGCUUCACAGCACCUGCGGUUGUCCAAAAGUCCAACCUUAGCAACACAUUUUGGUUAAGACAACUUUUAAACAUUGCCAACACCCUGGGAGUGUGGGCGCCGAUUACUCACACUGUGGUCUACACUUACCCAACCGCAGCAGGCACUAAGGGGGUGUCAAAGACAAGGGGGUGCCUGCUGGGGCCGUGGCAGGGCAGCCAGGUGGAGCUGGAUGCGGACACAGGGGCUGCUCUGCCCAGCUGCAGACAGGCAGCAGCCACUGGCUCCAGCCACAGCCUUGAGCCACACUCUCCUGAAAACCACCUUGGGGCAAGUGGCUCAAGUGACCUCCAGGAAGGCCCUGUCCUCAGAGGACCCUGGCAUUGCUGUCAACCAAUUCACUAAACACUUUACUGAAUAAGAGAAUCCAAUCUACAAAAUGUAUCCACUCCACCCCAGCCCCCUGCAACCUUGGGCCUAGUGGGGUCACUCCUUUGUCCCCAUCUCUGAGAUGCAAGGAAUACUCACCAUGUGGUUAAUGAAUGAAUGAAGUGUGUGAAUGAAUGUACAGUGUGAAUGAAUGAACUGUGUGAAUGAAUGAAUGAACUGUGUGAAUGAAUGAAUGAAUGUACUGUGUGAAUGGAUGAUUGAACGAAUGUACUGUGUGAGUGAGUGAAUGAAUGAAUGUACUAUUUGAAUGGGUGGAUGAAUGAAAGUACUGUGUGAGUGAAUGAAUGAAUGUACUGUGUGUGUAUGUGGGGGGCUGCUCCUGCCUGCGGGCACAGAGGAACUCUUCUGUGUGGGUGGGGGGACACCUUGCAAAGUGCUGGUGUGUGAGUUACACCUAUGGAUACUUAUCCUGUGACCCUCAGCAGAAGGCAGGAUAGAGACUUCUGGUUCACAGAAGAGGGUCUGAGAGCCAGAGGGGUUUCCAGCAAGACUCUGAGAGCAUGAAGUCACACAAGAUCACUCCGUCACUGGCCUGCAGUCCCUGCCUCAGUGCAGAAACAGCUCUGCCUGAGACCCCAGCCCGAUCCAACCCAAGGGGCCACAGGAUCCGGAAAAUUAAGCCCACCUGGCCCCAGUUCUCCCAUGUCCCCCUCUCUGAGCACAGCAAAGAACGCUCCCAUGUCCCCUGGUGCCCCAGGGCCUUCGCAGGCGUGCUUUUGGAGGGGCCUCCCACUACCAAAGGAAGUUCCUCCUGGCUGCUGUCUACUCCAGCCCUCCAAACAAGCCCCCUCCCUUCCCAGACAAAUCAGCUGUGGCCCUGCCUGGAGCACCUCCAAGGCCUCGGUCUACCACCACCCCACAUCCUAGCUAGAGACCCCCAGGCCUAGGCCCACCACUGCCCCACAUCCUAGCUAGAGACCCCCAGGCCUGGGCCCACCACUGCCCUACAUCCUAGCUGGAGCCCCUCAGGCCUGGGCCCACCACUGCCCACAUCCUAGCUGGAGCCCCUCAGGCCUGGGCCCACCACUGCCCACAUCCUAGCUGGAGAUCCCCAGGCCUGAGCCCACCACCACCCACAUCCUAGCUGGAGAUCCCCAGGCCUGGGCCUACCACCACCCACAUCCUAGCUGGAGAACCCCCCACCCAGACCAGGGCCCACCACCACCCUAUAUCUUAGCUGGAGACUCCCCCCACACAGCCUGGGCCCACCACCGCCCUACAUCCUAGCUGGAAACCCCCCCAGCCUGGGCCCACCACCAAGUGGGGGCCCCAGGUCGCAGAGCUCACUGAGACGGCAUGAGGGCCGGGCUGGGAGAACAGCUCCUGCUGCCCCUGGGCUGUUCCGCAGCCUCCUUGGCCUCCUUGGCCUCCUGGGUGAGCCUGGAAGCCGCUGCCAUGGCCAGAGCUGGACUGAGAUGGGGACUGUGCCUCAGCGAGUCUCUGGAGCGGCACCCUGGCUUCCUACACAGGAACAUGCCCCAGGCCCGGCGCCUCCUUCCUCUCCUCAGACCCAGAGCCAGUAGCUUUGCCAUGGAGCCUGAGCUCCUUUCAGCCGAGGAAGCGUCCAGAAAGCGAGGGUUAGUCCAGGGAUGCAGAGUAGCUGCAGUACAGCCGCCCCAUGCCGCUCUGGGAAAAAGGCCUGUGGAUUCGAGUCCAGCCUCUGAGCAGCGGCUGCCAGUCCUGCUCUGGGGACUCGUGGAGGGCCUGAGAUCCUUCCAGGCAGAUGAUGAGAUCGAAGCCCAUUGCAUGAGGGCACCUUUUGCUCCCAUGCUCUGAUGGGCACACGGCGGCUUUCGAGGGCUGCAGGCCAGAGCAGGCACCUGACAAGGCUGGUAACAUAUGCAGCCAAGGCUGGAUUUUCUUCAUAGACUUCAACCAACAGCACAUCUCAGCAGAUGAAGUGCUGGAGCCGAUAUGGGAAUCCAGCUUCCACUAAGCCGGACAAUACAAAGAUUUGCACCAACGUAGAACCACGCCACUUUUCUCAGUCAGGUUUUUCAUUUUUAAAAGUAUGAUUGCUUUUCAUAAAACAUUAUGCUAUUUAUGUUAAUGUGUAAUAGCAAUAUUUUCUUAUUUUUAAGUGAAUUGACAAGUAUUCUGAACAUUUCUGUUAUGAUUUAGAAAAUGAUAAGUAUCCAUAGGUAUAACCCAUACAAACAAAAAAGUUCUUCAGUGUCCUCAAUGAGUUUUUUUUGUUUUUGUUUUUUGUUUUUUUGAUUUUUUUUUUUUGAGAUGGAGUCUCGCUCUGUUGCCCAGGCUGGACUGCAGGGCGCGAUCUUGGCUCACUACAACCCCUGCCCCCUGGGUUCAAGAAAUUCUCCUGCCUCAGCCUUCUGAGUGGCUGGGAUUACUGGCGUGCACCACCACAUCCAGCUAGUUUUUGUAUUUUUAGUACAGAUGGGGCUUCACCAUGUUGGCCAGGCUGGUCUCCAGCUCCUGACCUCAAGUGAUCCGCCCGCCCUGGCCUCCCAAAGUGCUGGGAUUACAGGCAUGAGUCUCACUCUGUCGCCCAGGCUGGAGGGCAGUGGCACACACAGUUCACUGCAGGCUUGACCUCCCCUGGCUCAGGUGAUCCUCCCACCUCAGUCUCCUGAGUAGCCAGGACCACAGACACAGUCUCCUGACUAGUUGAGACCACAGGCACACUCCACCACACCCAGCUAAUUUUUGUAUGUUUUGUAGAGAUGAGGUCUCCCUGUGUUGCCAAGGCUGGUAUCAAACUCUGGGCUCAAGUGAUCCUCCCGCCUCGGCCUCCCAAAGUGCUGGGAUUACAGGCAUGAGCCACUGCGCCUGGCCCUCAGUGACCUUUAAGAGUGUGAAGGAGUCCUCAGAUAAAAACAUUUGAGAAGCACGGAGGUGGAAAUUUGUCUUUGGCCUGGGGGCCUGGAGUCUAAAUACUGCAUUGAGUGGCUGAUCUGUGGUUUUUGCUUAAAAUACAGGUUAGAUCAUUUGUUUCUGUUUGCAUUCUGUCCUAGUUGCUUCUAUUUAUUUUUUCUCUCUUUUUGAAUCUGUGAAACAUUAACAGGGUUCCAAACAUCAGAGUGUUUUGUCUAAGCUUAAAAGCCCUCUGGGUGAUUCCGAUGAGCAGAGGCCGGGAAGGAUUGAGCAAGACCAUCCCCGAGCUCCUUCCUCCGCUCUGUUUCCAGAUCCCAUGACUGGGGACCUAUAAAUAUUUUCCUGACAUGGAGCAGGAUCAACUUCAGCAUCUGUUAGCUUCAUCCCAAAGGCAGGGAAGCCUAGAGCCCCUGGGAGGGCUCUGCACCGCACACACCGCCGGCCUGCAGCCCCAGCCCUGUGCGGGGUCCUGGGGAGGGGGGCCCCCUUUCUGUGGCUCUUCCUGACUCCCUGCGCGUUCCACCCCAGACCCUCAGCCCACUCUGACCUCCCUCCAGGAGGGAUGGCUUGCAAAUGCCCUCUGGCCACAGUGCAGACCGCUAGGCUGUUCUGUGCAGCUUUAGGCCAUGCCAGGAAAGAGACUUAAAGCCAGGGCCCCAAAGGCCAGGGAUGCCUGCGCCGGGAGCCAGGAGCUUCCCCAGCCACCUCCAGCAUGUAGACUGAAGUCAGGCCACGCACAGGGCUCUCCAGGUCACACCCUGCGCGGGAAGGUGUAGCACGCUGGCUGUAAUUUCGAGAAGGCCGUGCAGCAUCGAGGACAGGAGGAACUGGAGCCUCAUUGGCCGGCCCGGGGCGCCGGCCUCGGGCUUAAAUAGGAGCUCCGGGCUCUGGCUGGGACCCGACCGCUGCCGGCCGCGCUCCCGCUGCUCCUGCCGGGUGAUGGAAAACCCCAGCCCGGCCGCCGCCCUGGGCAAGGCCCUCUGCGCUCUCCUCCUGGCCACUCUCGGCGCCGCCGGCCAGCCUCUUGGGGGAGAGUCCGUCUGUUCCGCCAGAGCCCCGGCCAAAUACAGCAUCACCUUCACGGGCAAGUGGAGCCAGACGGCCUUCCCCAAGCAGUACCCCCUGUUCCGCCCCCCUGCGCAGUGGUCUUCGCUGCUGGGGGCCGCGCAUAGCUCGGACUACAGCAUGUGGAGGAAGAACCAGUACGUCAGUAACGGGCUGCGCGACUUUGCGGAGCGCGGCGAGGCCUGGGCGCUGAUGAAGGAGAUCGAGGCGGCGGGGGAGGCGCUGCAGAGCGUGCACGCGGUGUUUUCGGCGCCCGCCGUCCCCAGCGGCACCGGGCAGACGUCGGCGGAGCUGGAGGUGCAGCGCAGGCACUCGCUGGUCUCGUUUGUGGUGCGCAUCGUGCCCAGCCCCGACUGGUUCGUGGGCGUGGACAGCCUGGACCUGUGCGACGGGGACCGCUGGCGGGAACAGGCGGCGCUGGACCUGUACCCCUACGACGCCGGGACGGACAGCGGCUUCACCUUCUCCUCCCCCAACUUCGCCACCAUCCCGCAGGACACGGUGACCGAGAUAACGUCCUCCUCUCCCAGCCACCCGGCCAACUCCUUCUACUACCCGCGGCUGAAGGCCCUGCCUCCCAUCGCCAGGGUGACACUGGUGCGGCUGCGACAGAGCCCCAGGGCCUUCAUCCCUCCCGCCCCAGUCCUGCCCAGCAGGGACAAUGAGAUCGUAGACAGCGCCUCAGUUCCAGAAACGCCGCUGGACUGCGAGGUCUCCCUGUGGUCGUCCUGGGGACUGUGCGGAGGCCCCUGUGGGAGGCUGGGGACCAAGAGCAGGACUCGCUACGUCCGGGUCCAGCCCGCCAACAACGGGAGCCCCUGCCCCGAGCUCGAAGAAGAGGCUGAGUGCGUCCCUGAUAACUGCGUCUAAGACCAGAGCCCCGCAGCCCCUGGGGCCCCCCGGAGCCAUGGGGUGUCGGGGGCUCCUGUGCAGGCUCAUGCUGCAGGCGGCCGAGGGCACAGGGGGUUUCGCGCUGCUCCUGACCGCGGUGAGGCCGCGCCGACCAUCUCUGCACUGAAGGGCCCUCUGGUGGCCGGCAGGGGCAUUGGGAAACAGCCUCCUCAUUUCCCAACCUUGCUUCUUAGGGGCCCCCGUGUCCCGUCUGCUCUCAGCCGCCUCCUCCUGCAUGGAUAAAGUCAUCCCCAAGGCUCCAGCUACUCUAAAUUAUGUCUCCUUAUAAGUUAUUGCUGCUCCAGGAGAUUGUCCUUCAUUGUCCAGGGGCCUGGCUCCCACGUGGUUGCAGAUACCUCAGACCUGGUGCUCUAGGCUGUGCUGAGCCCACUCUCCCGAGGGCGCAUCCAAGCGGGGGCCACUUGAGAAGUGAAUAAAUGGGGUGGUUUCGGAAACUUCAGUGUUUUCAUGUUAUGGAUCUCUUUGCAUUUGAAUAAAGACUAUCUCUGUUCCUAACAAA